AUGAUAAUAACUACGAAGAUAUUGUCUAAUCAAUUAAGAACAAUAUGCAAACAGUCAGUCAAAACAAAUUCUCUCAAACAUACAUAUAGAUCAUUUUCAUCAUCAAUAAUAAAGAAUCAAUUAAAAUAUGCCGGGGGAGAUUUAUUAAAAAAUUUUAAAGAUGAAAAUGCAUCAAAUUUAGUUGAUGUUUCAAAAGUUUUAGUCAUUGGAUCUGGUGGAUUAUCAAUUGGUCAAGCUGGUGAAUUUGAUUAUUCUGGUUCACAAGCUAUAAAAGCUUUAAAAGAAGCUAACAAAAAAUCUAUACUUAUAAAUCCAAAUAUUGCAACAAAUCAAACUUCACAUUCAUUAGCUGAUGAAAUUUAUUAUUUACCUGUUACACCAGAAUAUAUGACUUAUAUAAUUGAAAGAGAAAAACCAGAUGGUAUAUUAUUAACAUUUGGAGGUCAAACUGGUUUAAAUGUAGGUGUUAAAUUAGAUAAAAUGGGUGUUUUUGAAAGAUAUGGUGUUAAAGUUUUAGGAACUCCAAUUAAAACUUUGGAAACAUCUGAAGAUCGUGAUUUAUUUUCUCAAGCAUUAAAAGAAAUUAAUAUACCAAUUGCUGAAUCUAUAGCUGUUGUAACGGUUGAUGAUGCUUUAAAAGCUGCUGAUUCAGUUGGAUAUCCAAUAAUUGUUAGAUCUGCUUAUUCUUUAGGUGGAUUAGGUUCCGGUUUUGCAAAUAAUGAACAAGAAUUGAGAAAUUUAGCUGCACAAUCAUUAAGUUUAGCUCCACAAAUUUUAGUUGAAAAAUCAUUAAAAGGUUGGAAAGAAGUUGAAUAUGAAGUUGUUAGAGAUCGUGUUGGAAAUUGUAUAACUGUUUGUAAUAUGGAAAAUUUUGAUCCUUUAGGUAUCCAUACUGGUGAUUCUAUAGUUGUUGCACCAUCACAAACUUUAUCAGAUGAAGAAUAUCAUAUGUUAAGAUCAGCAGCUAUUAAAAUUAUUAGACAUUUGGGUGUUGUUGGUGAAUGUAAUGUUCAAUAUGCAUUACAACCAGAUGGUUUAGAUUUUAGAGUUAUUGAAGUUAAUGCAAGAUUAUCAAGAUCUUCAGCUUUGGCAUCAAAAGCAACUGGUUAUCCAUUAGCUUAUACUGCAGCUAAAAUUGCAUUAGGUCAUACAUUACCAGAAUUACCUAAUCCAGUUACAAAAACAACGUCAGCAAAUUUCGAACCUUCAUUAGAUUAUAUGGUUACUAAAAUUCCAAGAUGGGAUUUAUCAAAAUUCCAACAUGUUAAAAGAGAUAUUGGUUCAGCAAUGAAAUCAGUUGGUGAAGUUAUGGCAAUUGGUAGAAAUUUUGAAGAAUCUUUUCAAAAAGCAAUUAGACAAAUUGAUCCAAGUUAUAUUGGUUUUCAAGGUGAUGAAUUUGAAGAUUUAGAUGAUGUUUUACAAAAUCCAACUGAUAGAAGAUGGUUAGCUGUUGGACAAGCAUUAUUACAUGAAAAUUAUUCAGUUGAAAAAGUUCAUGAUUUAACAAAAAUUGAUAAAUGGUUUUUAUAUAAAUUGAUGAAUAUUGUUAAUAUGUAUAGAGAAUUAGAAUCAAUUGGGGAAUUAUCAAAGAUUAAUAGUGAUUUAAUGAGAAGAGCCAAGAAAUUAGGUUUUAGUGAUAAACAAAUUGGAUUAUGCGUUGGAGCAAAAGAAUUGGAAGUUAGAUCAGUUCGUAAAGAAUUUGGUAUUUUACCAUUUGUUAAAAAAAUUGAUACAUUAGCAGCAGAAUUUCCAGCAAAUACAAAUUAUUUAUAUACAACAUAUAAUGCAACAUCAUCAGAUAUUGAUUUUAAUGAACAUGGUACAUUAGUUUUAGGCUCAGGUGUUUAUAGAAUUGGUUCUAGUGUUGAAUUUGAUUGGUGUGCAGUUUCAACAACAAGAGCAUUAAGAGAAAGUGGACAUAAAACUAUAAUGAUUAAUUAUAAUCCAGAAACUGUUUCAACUGAUUUUGAUGAAGUUGAUAGAUUAUAUUUUGAAGAAUUAUCAUUAGAAAGAGUUUUAGAUAUUUAUGAAUUAGAAAAUGCCAAUGGUUGUGUUGUUUCUGUUGGUGGUCAAUUACCACAAAAUAUUGCAUUAACUUUACAAAAUCAAGGUUGUAAAAUUCUUGGUACCAAUCCAGAAGAUAUUGAUAAAGCAGAAGAUCGUCAUAAAUUUUCACAAAUUUUAGAUUCAAUUGGAGUUGAUCAACCAGCAUGGAAAGAAUUAACAUCAAUUCAAGAAGCUGAAAAUUUUGCAAAUGAAGUUGGAUACCCAGUAUUAGUUCGUCCUUCAUAUGUAUUAUCAGGUGCUGCAAUGUCAGUUAUAAAUAAUCAAAGUGAAUUAGAUUCAAAAUUAAAAAAUGCAUCAAAAGUUUCAAAAGAACAUCCUGUUGUUAUAUCUAAAUUUAUUCAAGGUGCUCAAGAAAUUGAUGUUGAUGCAGUUGCAAAUGAAGGUCAAGUUUUAGUACAUGCAGUUAGUGAACAUGUUGAAAAUGCAGGUGUUCAUUCAGGUGAUGCUACAUUAAUAUUACCUCCACAAAAUUUAUCACCAAUUAUGAUGAAUAGAAUUAAAGAAAUUACUGAUAAAGUUGCAAAAGCAUGGAAUAUAAAUGGUCCUUUUAAUAUGCAAAUUAUUAAAAAUGAUAAAAAUGGGAAAUUAAAUGAUACUGAUUGUCAAUUAAAAGUUAUUGAAUGUAAUAUUCGUGCUUCAAGAUCAUUCCCAUUUGUUUCAAAAGUUUUAGGUGUUAAUUUUAUUGAUGUUGCAGUUAAAGCAUUACUUAAUGAAAAUGUUCCAAAACCUAAAAAUUUAAUGGAUUUAAAAUAUGAUAGAGUUGCUACAAAAGUUCCCCAAUUUUCAUUUACUAGACUAGCUGGUGCAGAUCCAUUUUUAGGUGUUGAAAUGGCUUCAACUGGUGAAGUUGCAUGUUUUGGUAAAGAUUUAUUAGAAGCUUAUUGGACUUCAUUACAAGCAACAAUGAAUUUUAAUGUUCCAAAACCAGGUCAAGGUAUAUUAUUUGGGGGAGAUUUAACAAAUGAUAAAUUAGGUCAAGUUGCAAAGAUAUUAAGUGGAUUAGGUUAUAAUUUUUAUACUGCUAGUGAACCAGUUAAACAAUAUUUAAAUAAUUAUGUUUCUGAAUCAGUUGAAGUUAUUGAAUUUCCAAAAACUGAUAAAAGAGCAUUAAGAGAAAUAUUUCAAGAUAAAAAAAUUGGAGCAGUUAUAAAUUUAGCAAAAUCUAGAGCUGAAGAUUUGUUAGAUGAAGAUUAUGUUAUGAGAAGAAAUGCAAUUGAUUUUGCAACUCCAUUAUUUAAUGAACCAAAUACAUCAAAAUUAUUUGCUGAAUGUUUAAAAGCAAAAAUUGGUGAUAAAAUAUCACUUGAUGAAUUACCAAAGGAUAUAAUUAUACCAUCUGAAGUACAAAGAUGGAGUGAGUUUAUAGGUGGUAAACCAGUAUAG